AUGCAACAACAAGCCCCGGAGGGCCGGAUCCGUGUCACCCGGACCCAGCAGCAAGAAGCAGCACUCACAGUCCCGGCACUCGGCCACAUGCAGGCGGCAGGAGAAGACGAAAUUCAGCGCCCCGACCCGCCAGUGGUGGGGAAGGUGAAUCACCACAGUAUUGAGUUAUACUGGGACAUCAGCAACACCUACUACCGCAAAGUGCCUUCUGAUAAACUGUUCAUAUUUUCUAUCGAAGAAGAGGAUGAGAAGACGCAUGUGUAUGGGACCAUUUACUCAGGAUACUCCCGGCAACACGUUGUUGAAGGACUAGAGCCCAGCACCACCUACAGGUUCCGACUGAAAGUUACAGGACGUAAUGGAGCAUAUGCUUACAGUCCUGUGGUCUCCGUGUCAACUACAAGAGAACCAAUGAACGGAGCACAUUUCCAUCGAGCUGUGAAUAUGAAUGAUGAAGCUGCUGUCAUCAACAUACUUCAGACCGGGUACGUGAAAGUCAAUGUUCCUGAUAAACUGGGAUUCAGUCCUCUCAUGGUUGCUGCACAAAAAGGAUAUUUGAGGCUGGUGGAGUUACUAGUAGAACACGGAGCAGACAUCAGCCAGGUAAAUGGAAGUGGGAAGAACAGUCUAAUGCUGGCAUGUUUUGCUGGGCACCUGGAUGUUGUUGAGUUUCUAAGAAACCACGGCGUGCCUUGGGACCUCCGUGACAGGAGUGGAUGUGCGGCCAUGCAUUGGGCAGCUGAUGGAGGUCAUUUGAAAGUCAUCGAGUGGAUGAUUAAUGAUGACUGUAAGGUUGAUAUCAAAGAUACAUGUCUAGAAUGGACUCCACUGAUGCGCGUUUCUGCAAUAUCUGGAAAUACGGAGGUGGCAAAGUGUUUGAUUAAUGCCGGAGCAGAGGUCAAUGUCAAGGACAAAGAUGGGAAAACCCCCUUGAUGGUUGCAACAUUAAAUAACCAUGAACACUUGGUCCGUUUACUAAUAGAAAGAGGAGCCGACUGCAGCAUCACAAAUGAGUAUGGAAUAAGCAUUGCGAAAAUGGCUAAAGCUUUCAACCGACAGAAUGUAAUGGAGAUGUUAGAAGACACGAAGAAGGAGAUUCGGUAGGAGAGAAGCUGUGUAUUCAGGCGUAAUCCGUGUCUGAUUGUACUGGAAGCUGAACCAUCAGCCCUCUGCUAUGAUAAUACAUUAAACAAUAACUGUUUUACAUAGUA